UCAUCUCCCAUUGUCCACCACCACUCCUCACACCCUCUUCUUUAAUUUUUUUUAUUCAUUUUUUAGUGUGAGAGAAUCAUAUCUAACCCUUCCAACUUUUUUGUGUUGAUUUCAUCUAGUCAUUUUGGGAUUAAAAAUCCUUUGAAUUUACAUCAUCCAAUCUUCUCUUUCUUUGUUGCAAGGGAAUCUAAUACUUCUUGACCGUCUAACUACUGCCAUUUUCUUUGAGAUUCUUAAAGGCACAUUAAACCACAUACUAGAAUAUAUUCAUAUAACUAUUGUAAAUGAAAUCGAUGUAUCAAGUUAUGGUUACUUGUUAUACGUAUCAUCGAAUCAUCACCAAAGGAAUAAUAGAAAAGGAUGCAACAAGCCAAUGACCUAUAAUUACCUAGACUAAUAAAAAGACAAAUAAAAGAUGACUCUCUAGCCAUUCACUCACUUUAUUGCUUUUUAUCAAAUUCAUUUUCUCACCAAUUUGUUUUCUAUGAAAUGCUAGUGCCUUCAUUUCCUAUCCUAUCUCUCCUUUUUCCCUCUCUAAAUUAGCCACAAAAUGUUAGUAGAAGCAAAAUACUAACCAAUCUUUGCAACUAAUUAUGAGAAGGGGAAAUGGAGAGAGACCACCAAACACCUAAUCAAAACCCACCACCAUCUCUCCUCUCGCCUAAUCAAAACCCUAACACUUCCUCACCCAGAAAUGUUAGCGACCGGCUGAAGAGAGACGAGUGGAGCGAAGGCGCUGUGUCGAGCCUGCUCGAGGCGUACGAGGCCAAAUGGACGCUCCGGAACCGUGCCAAGCUCAAGGGCCAGGACUGGGAGGAAGUCGCCAAGCACGUCUCGGCUCGCGCCGGCGCCUCCAAAUCGGCGAAGACGCUCACGCAGUGUAAGAAUAAGAUCGAGUCAAUGAAGAAGAGGUACCGAUCGGAGUCCGCUGCGGCGGCUGACGCCUCGUCGUGGCCUCUCUAUCCUCGCCUCGAUCUCCUCCUCCGCGGAAAUAACGGAGUUGCUGCCGAUCCUCCUCCUGCUGCUGAGUUUCCGUCUGCGCAAAAUUCAAACGGCGCUGAUCGUGAUCGGGUGGGUAAGGAGGAGGAAGGGGGCGGAAACAAUGAAGAAUCGGAGAAGAAGGCGAUUGAUGAGAGAGAGAGCAGCACAGCGGCAAUUGAUGAGGGGAAAUUGAAGAGGAAGGAGAAAUGGAGGAAGCGGGAGAGGGAGGGGAGCUGGGAGAUAGGAGAGAGUAUACGGUGGGUGGCGGAGGUGGUGGUGCGGGCGGAGGAGUCGAGGAUGGAGACGAUGAGAGAGAUAGAGAGAAUGAGGGCGGAAGCAGAGGCGAAGAGAGGGGAAUUGGAGCUUAAACGGACUGAGAUUAUUGCUAAUACUCAGCUACAGAUUGCUAAGCUUUUUGCCAGAGGAUCAACAUCCAUCCAAUAAUAAACCUCAUUCAUCAAUUAAUAUACUACUAAUAUGUAUACUUGGAUGUGAUUGCGAUGUAUGAGUAUUUAAGAACUGUCUUAGUAGAUUUUUAUGGGAUCAAUUACUUCAAAUCAGAAAUGGUAAUAUGAUUUUCAUCU